GAUUGUUUCAGCUGGACAUGAGAUGGCAGUGCAUGCCAGUAGGAGGCUAGUUCUUCAAUGGACAUUCAGAGGAACACCUUGCCGCUUUAUCUCUGGGCUCAACGUCGGCAACCUUGCGCCACAUGUCAAACAACAGACGGUUUCCAUUUCCAGAAACCUCUGUUCGAGACAUGACAAGCACGCCACGGAACACGCAACAGGACCCUGGCGGGUGGAGAUGCUGAGUUCUCUGGUCGAUUUGGGUUUCACCGAGGCACAGGCUGAACAGCUGGCCAGGGGAGCCUCGGACGGUCGAGCGGGCCAUGCUGCUACCCAGCAUCUCUCCACUCUUUCGGCGUUAGUGACUCUGGGUCUGAACCCGAGCAGCGUCCUGAAGGUCGUGGAAAAGUGCCCGGAGCUUCUUCGGGUGAAGGCAGCCCAGCUGCAGCAGCGAGUGGACAACCUGCGCAAACUAGGACUGGUGGAGGGUAGCCUACAGCGGGUAGUGAGCCACUACCCCCAGCUCCUCACCCUGCCCCGCAAGAGGGUCAACAUGGUGUCCCGAUUUCUCCGCGAGAAGUGCCUCUUCACAGGCCAGCAGGUCACAGAGAUUCUCCGGGACACCCCGGCCAUAGUGCAGGAGGACAUGACCCAACUGGAGUACAAGUUUCAGUAUGCCUAUUUCCGGAUGGGCAUCCGGCAGCCGGAGAUGCUGAAGGCCGGCCUCUUCCGCAUCUCCCUGGAGGAGGUGCGCUGCCGCCACGCCUUCCUGGAGCGCCGGGGGUUCUACCAGACCCCCGACAAGAAGGGCCAGACGCGCAUCGUCAACCCCAAACUCAAGGACUUCCUGGCCGUCCCCGAGGACGCCUUCCUGAACCAAGUGGCCCUGGCGACUCGGGAGGAGUUCGAGGUCUUCCGCAAGCUGAUGGCGAAAGAGAUGCUGGAGGAGGAUGAGGAUGAGCUGGAGUCCGGCGACGAGGAUGAUGAGGAUGACGAGGACAGUGAGGAAGGCUAUGAGAGCGAGGGCAGAGGGAGCGCGGGAUACAGGAAGCGAAAGAAAUGACACAGGGGUGUGGUGGGGAGCGAAGAAGAUCACAGCUCUCAGCAACACGAUCGGACAAUAGUGCAGGUCUCUGCAAAGCAAUGUAUGCAGAAUAAAAUGGUUUCCUUGUACUAUGUUGCAAUUUUCUUUUGCUGAGCCUAGUCCGAGUAUGUUCUACGAGUGUCUUGUGUUGAAGUUCUUUUUUUUUCCCCUCAAAGAAUGAUACAAUAUUGGAGUGAAUCAUCAGUGAAUUUAUUCAUUUGUUUCAUGUUUGCCUAUAUUAAAAUCAAAAUCCAUUUUUUUCCAUGUUCAAGUAUGAGAUAAAGCACUGUGAAUAUGUUUUACUGGAAUGCGGUUAAUGAGCCAUGAAUGAGUCGUGACUGAGUGCACAACCCCCU